AUGAUAUUCGGUAAUGCAGAAUGUUGCAAGGGAACAUGUUUCGCAUCAAUUUACCAUUUUUUCGCAACAAAACUACCUCAAUCGAUCGAAGCGAAAGCCCGUAAGGUCUUAAAGAUGAGGCCAGCAAGCGAAGAUCGUCAUGGUGCAGAUUGUGCAGGCAGAGGCGGACCAUGCAGAUAUUUCGUAAUGAUUUUCUUCAUGAUAUUGUAUGGAGCACUUGUUUUCGAUUUCUUUAAGAACACAUAUCGCUUUUUACCACUACUUCAUAACCGACCACUUUUUUAUCAAUUUUUAGCAAUUGUAUUACCAUGCAUUCCAUGGAUUGUUGUGCUUUCUCUACAGUUCAUGGAUCCCGGAGUAAUUACUGCUGAGAAUGUAGAAGGUUAUUUGAAGAAAUAUCCUUAUGAUAAUAUUGUUUACAAGGAAAAGAUAUGUCCAACCGACAAAAUACCAGUUGUUCCUAGAUCUAGAUACUGCAACUACUCGAGGAAGAGAGUUGCAAAAUACGAUCAUUACUGUCCAUGGGUUUUAGUUCCAAUUGGCGAAAGAAACCAUAGAUAUUUCUUAUUGUUCCUUAUUGCUUGUAUAGUUGCUUCAACUUAUUACUGCAUUAAUGAUGUUUUUGUUGUAUUUUUCUAUUUUAUGCAAGUUUACCAAAGAAUUCCUUGGACAAAUUCAUUUGGACGCAACUUAAUACUAUUUGUUGUUGUAAUUCUCAAACUCCAACCAUUUAAUGCUGUUUGCAUCAUCUUAUUUAUUGUUAUUAUCAUUACAUUAGUAGUUUUUGUCAUUCAACAGCUUUACAAUAUAUCCCGUAACAUUACAUCUAUCGAGGAAUACAAAUACGAGAAGGCUCAAGAAGAAAUGGAUAAAAAAGCUAAAAAAGGACAUAAAAAGAUAGUUCCUAAUAUUUAUGACCACGGCCUUAUCAGUAACUGGAUAGAAUUCCUCUUCCCAACAAGAGUUCCAAAAGGAGAACCAUGGAAACCUGAUAAAACUUGGCAAAAACGAAUUGAUCAAACAGAGAAUAAGAAAAAUGAAUAA